GGCUGCUCCGUGCAUGAUGGUCGCGGAGGCGAGGGCGUUGUUCGAGGCGAUCGAGGAAACGGAUUCGAUCACUUGGACCAUUUCUUGUCAUGUGUUGAGAAAAGAAUCGCGGGCACUAGACUUUCUCAGUACAAUCAACCUGGGAAAGAUAAUCAGACCUUCAAGGUGUCACUAGGAGGAGUAAUCAGAAGCUCUACUUGCAGAAGAACACCCAGCACUAGCAGCGGUAUCCCAAGUGCUGUCACUGGGAUCAAUGGUUCACUGUCUCGUGUGCAGGUACUAUCAUCAAGGUCUUUCUCAAGUAGUGCAGACUUGCCACCACAUCAGGAAAUCGGGAUGCCAUCACUGUCUCCUACAAUGACUGAGGGAAACAUUGCCAAGUGGGUGAAGAAGGAAGGGGACAAAGUCUCACCUGGUGAAGUUCUCUGCAAGGUGGAAACGGAUAAAGCCACGGUAGAGAUGGAGUGCAUGGAAGAGGGCUAUCUUGCUAAGAUUGUUCAGGGAGAUGGUGCCAAAGAGAUUAAAGUUGGCGAGAUCAUCUGUGUGACUGUGGAAGAAGAGGGUGGCAUCGAGAAGUUUAAAAACUACAAACCUUCAACAUCUUCAGAUGCGCCUGUAGCUUCUGCUGAGUCGAUGCCUAAGUCUGAACCUGCAGAGCCAAAGGUGGAGGAGAAAGUGCCUGCCAAGGCUCCUGAGCCUAAGGCCCCGAAGACCGUAGAACCUCCGCGAUCUGGCGAUCGAAUAUUCUCCAGCCCUCUUGCAAGAAAAUUAGCAGAAGAUAACAAUUGGUUCUGGUGGUGUUGUCGUGGGCUCGAAGAUAAAGGCGAACGCCAGUACGCCAAGUCAUCCCCGGCCGCAGCAUUCUCCUCGGGGUCGCCAUUGAGCCUUGCAUGAUGGAGAUUAUUAUACUUAAGUGACAUCAUGGACGCACAAAAUGUAUAGCUUGAGUUGGAUAUGGAUAUAUUCAUGUAGCAUUUGCUUGAAGCUUAGUGCAGAUAAAUCCUGCUACACUUGUAUGCAUCAAGGAAGCUUAUUAGGACCGUGUAUAACCACAAUGCCAGCUAACAAGCCAACCACGCUUAAUAUUUCCACGGCGGAAUAUCAUGCCGUGUCUUCGAUGA